AUGAACUUCGCCGCCGCCGCCGCCGCCGCUAAAGACAAGGAGACCGCGCCCGAGGCCUCUGGGACAUCCAAUCCCACCUCGGGCAUUCAGCACUUGAUUCUCGACGCCGGCCCGCUCCUCUCCCUAACCCCACUGCGCCACCUCGCCCAGACCUUCCACACGACCCCAGCCGUGCUGGCUGAGCUGCGCGACCCGCGCGCCCGCGAGCACUGGAACAACCUUGCACUCCAGGGGGUCGAUGUGCGCGUCGCCCCACCUACUGCUGAGGCCGUUGCUGCCGUUACUGCAUUUGCCAAGAAAACGGGAGAUUACAAUGUCCUCUCGUCGACGGAUUUGGGGGUCAUUGCGCUUACUUGGCAGUGGGAGGUCGCUGUUAAUGGCAAGGAGAGUGUGAGGAGCACUCCUGGACAGGUGUUGCCCCCCAGGGCUGGGGAGAAGGAGGAGAAGAAGGAGGAGGAGGAGGAGAAGGAGAAGGAUGAGGAUAGCAGUGAUGGCGAGGAGGUUGAGGUUGAGGUUGACGCUGCCGAGCCAGCCGGCGACGUGGUCGAGGUGGUCGCGCGCGGCGUCGAGGCCCUGUCUACCGAGACGAACGCUGAGAAGGCGCCGGAGCCCACACCCGCGGAGGAGCCCAAGACCGACACCACCCCCGCUGAUGACAAGGCGGCAGCUGCGGCCGCCGCGUGGGGCAACGACGGUGAAGGCGAGUGGAUCACCCCCGCCAACGUCAAGAAGCACCGUAACCGCGACCUGGGCCUGCUUCCAGCCAAACCCGGGGCUGUGGUCGUCCCUCUCGCCGCGGCAGCGAUGACGGGCGAUUACGCUGUCCAGAACGUGCUCCUCGGCAUGGGUCUUGGUCUCGUCGGCGAGGGCGGCAAGCGUAUCUCGCGUGUUAAGAGCUACGUGCUGCGCUGCCACGCGUGCUUCAAACUCUGCAAGGACUCGAGCAAGCGUUUCUGCCCCUCGUGCGGGAAUGCCACCCUCCUCCGCGCUACAGUCACUACCUCGAGCGUCACGGGCAAGCAGACCGUGCACCUCAAGAAGAACUUCCAGUACCGGACCCGCGGAACCAAGUUUUCGAUUCCGGCGCCGACUCCCGGGAGUGCCAAGGGCCAGAAGAAGGGCGGGAGCGGGCUCAUUCUGCGCGAGGAUCAGGCAGAGUGGCAGGACGCUGUGCGAGCUGGCGAUCGCGAGCGCCGCCGCGAGGAGAAGCGCAUCAACAACGGCGACGGGAGCUGGAUGGACCCCGACUGGCUGCCCGAGAUUGUUACAGUUGGGAUGAGCGGCAAGGGGCGGAACGGCGCGCACAACAUGCCAGCCAUCGGGCAUGGACGGCGUAACCCCAACGAAGCGCGCCGCAAGAAGAAGUAG